GGCGAAGCGCUUCCGCACUGCGUUGAGGCACACUGGGAAACGGUGCAACCGCUUGCGGCUUCUGCAUGCGAAGCCGCAGCGAUAGCGCGCGACAGUCGCCAGCAGGCCGAACUGUUCGACAAAUGUCGCACAGUGGUGGAGGCUGAGCUGCAGAUGAUGUACGCGUGCCGCGAUUCCGCAGGAAAUCCAAAGGCGACUGAGGCACAUGCUCGAGUCGACGAGGCAGCGGCCCAACUGAAAGACGCGCUUGACGACAUGAGAAGCACCGCAUCUGAUUUCGUGCAACAGCUUGUGUUGUUCUCAUAUUCUCUAGGCGUAUUUUGGGGCUAUUAUUUGUAUACGAAAGCUACCGCACAAGAAACGCUCAAAUUACAUGAGUUUGAGGAUUUUCAGGAAGAAAACGAAAAGAUUAUCGCUGAGUUGCUGACAAGGGUCGAGCAACUUGAGCUUGCUCUAAGGAACCGUGGUAUUAAAAUUCCAGUUGUGAGGCCAUCAGUAGUCCGUAACGAAACUACUAAUUCUGCUAGUCAAACUAAAGAAGAAGAAGCACAGGAACAAGCGCAGCAACUGCCGAAACCCCGUUUCCCACGGCUAUCAUCAUUACCCGUGGACGCUGCCUCUAACGUAUUGCUCAAAGGUGAGUCUCGCAAGUCCCUGUAG